AUGUCCGAUUUCUUAGUCACUGAGGCUAUACCAGAGGCCAACGAUCCGGUCAGACGGGCGUUGAUCCGACGACUCGCAUGGGUCACAGAGAAAGACCAUGUUCGGUCAACUACUUACGCGCUCCUGUGGCUUGCAGAUCUCUCGCAACUUGAGGGGUUGAUCAACGCAGCAUCAUCAAGCCUUUUUGAGGUCCAAGAGAUCUUGAGUACAUACAAAGGAAUACUACUUCGAGAUCGUAUCCAAGAUUGGGCAACAGCUCCUUGCCCUUGGAACAAAGGAAAAACCGAAGAUGAACUGUUCAAGCUGGGUUGGUGGAAACCUCCGGGAUGGCGUCUUUCUUGCCCUGAGCCGCCUACUCCCCAUGGACUUACCCGAACCAAUUACAUUGCUUGUGGGCCAGCGGAGCGAAGAGCUCCUCAUGUGGGUGGUCUACCAGCUGAAGUCAUCCUCAAGAGAACUAUCGAAUACAAUUGUCUUGACAGAGACGGAGAGCAGUGUAUCCUGACAAAAUGCAGCGAGCCAAUUGAGCUUGCAUGCAUCUAUGCAGGAUCUCUGGGAGAAGGAAAGGCCCCUGGAAAUAGCCACGAAGACGAACCCGAAGUCGGGAGUCAAUUUGAGUUCUACACUUACUGCUGGAGAUGGAUCGGUAUUUUCUGGAACCACGAAAGGGUCUCGGGGUGGCAGGACGCUGUCGAUCACCAGAGUUCUUUUUGUACGCCCUGUGAAAGCAUGAUAACCCUUUCUUCCAAUGCGCACGCACUGUGGCGGAUGGCUCGAUUCGCCUUGAAGCCCAUCGCAAUAUCUGAAGACAGAAUGACAAUGACGCUGCAAUUCUUCUGGCUUCCGGUAGUCUGCAAGCCACGACUUAAAUUGAUAGAUCCUCCGGUCUUUCCAUCAGUUCUCUACGGUGCUCAGAGUCGCUCAAGAUUGUGGAACUAUGAAACAAACAUGGAGAUUCGCUCGAGAGACAUUAUCACCAUCACUACCAAGAAUCCAGAAGAAAAUCCAUUGCCUUCCAUGGAACUUGUGGAGUUGCAAUGGUUUUUGACUCGGGUUUUGGCUCUAAGUGGUGCAGCUGAAUUCCCAAUGGACGAUGAUAGUAAUUCUUCCUUAUCUGAAUCCGAAGACGGACAGCCGCAGGAAUCAAAUGAAGAAAAUGAGGAGGAACCGGAGAUAGAUCAGGGCACACCGUCCGAUGUGGUUCGCGCUAGAAUUGAAGAAGACCCGAUCUGGACGAUGCCGGGCGAGCCAGACUGGACGUCGUCUGAACAUGAGACCCUCUCGCCAUCCUCGGAAGAGGAAAGAGGAAGGAAGAGAGUCCGACAUUCAUGA